CGGUUCCCGUGAGACGCGGCCUGCGGCCGUGAGCGGAAGGACGGGCAGGUUCGUGCCGGGAGGAGCCGAGCCGCGACCGGACAGAAGGCACAGCGGCCGCACGGCAUCCUGUGGUGCCGGAGCUUCUCCUUCAGAGCUCCCGACGCGGCAACCGUGCCUCUUGCGCCCUUUUCGCUCUCUGGGGAUCCGCUGUCUUUCCGCAGCCUUCCCGCUACUAAGUGCCCUCUGUGUGCUGCCUCUGAGUCCCGAGUAUUAUCUUGUGCUACGGUGUGCUCCUCUCUACUGCCUGCCUCUAAGGGAUCUGACCUCGGCUGUCUGCCUGCCGUCUGCUCUUCUGCCUCAGAGCAUCUGACCCUCUGGGCCCUCCAUGGGGCUUCUCACCCCUCCUCCUGGGAUCUGCUUCCUGCCAGCUGGCUGUUCCACUGGCUGUGUCUUCUCUUGCUCCCACUCGAUUAUGUCUUUCUCUCCCUCUCUGCAGUUAACGGCCUACAAACCUCUAGUCCUGCGGGGUACUUGAUCCCUGGCUUGCCAGUAGCAUUCCCUUCCUCCAGCCAUGUGUCUGUCCCUUCCUGUCAUCCCUGAGGAUAUUUGCUUUAGGAACUCAGUGUCUGUGUUCCACACGGUGUGUUGCCCUCUUAUUUACAUUCUUGGACACUCUCUAGAAUAUGUACCCAUUUCUCAGUCCCGGGGCAAUUUUUUCUUCCCACCAUACCUUGUCUUUUACUUACACAGUCCCUUAGGCCUCCUACUCUUCUGUCUGUCCUGCUUAAUGGCAGAGCCUGACAUCAGGCUAUCGUGUACCCUGCAGUAUAGCCCACCCCAUACUUUGCCUGAGGUGUGUCCCUGCUCAGUACCUGACAUCCCAGGUUUCUCUUGUAUGUUAUUGGUCCUUAUCCUGUCACCCAGCUUCUGCUAUAUGUUAUCUGUUCUGAUCAGAUUGUGUAAUGCAUGAUGUAUAUUUGCUGUUUUAUAUGUCUAACCUUACUUGUAAGGCAAAUAGCAAACCAGCUACUAGCAGUAAAGAAAGAGACAGCACACAAGUGAUGAUAAUUUGUAUUGUUGAUUGUCAUCCUUUUUUUCUUGGAAGUGUGUUGACAGGAUUUCCUUCCCCCCCCCCCCCCCCAACAGUGCUACAGCACAACUACUUAACAGUGUAGCUGUGGCCUGGGCUGAUUGCUUGUCUCAUGACUUGCAGCACAUAGUGAAACAGCUGUGCUAAUACUCAGGGUGGUCUUGGUUCUGUCACUGCUUCAUCAAGGAAAACAGUUGUAGCUAGAGAUACUUAACUGGUACUGGCUGUGUGGUAUUUUCUCUCAUCUUCUUUUCUGUAGUUUUGAAAGGAGGAGAAGCAAUCCCAGUUUAUUAGCUCCGCUGGUCUGUUAUGCACAUCUUAUUCUUGGUACAAUAAGGGUAUGUUAUAAGGAUAGCAAGGAAGAGAGAAGCAAGUACAGCUUCUGUAUACUUUGAACAAAAUUUUAAAGCUUUACACCUCUUGGACAAAUAGGGGUUGUAUGGAAGUCUGAAGGUUCUCAAGUAUUACUCUGAAAUGUUCUUCAGUAUACCUAGUUCUUGGUUGAAAAGUGACUAGAUCAAACAUGUCAUCUAACUUCCUGUUGUUGAAAUAGCAUUUUAGUAGUAACAGUUGCGAAAUCUCCAUUGAAUCAGAGAUGCCAACCACAUUCGAUUGUGUGUGAUUUAUAGCGAAGCCAUCAUUUUUCCUUUGGUAAAGAGGCUGAUAUGCAUCCCAUUAGGCCCUUAUGUGGGGGAACAGGGGUACCUAUCAAUCACCUCUUUCUGGAUAUGCUUGAAGUGGUUGGAUUGUAAUGGGUACAAUGGUCUUUGCCAUGUAGGUUGUAUGGGUAACCUGUGCUUGUUGUAAGAUGUUGUCUCUUACUUAUAUGUAUGCUGUUUCCUAAGUCAUCUUUUAAUGUCAUCAUAUAUAGGUUUACUAUUCUUCUUUUGACUGUAAGACAUCCAGGCAAUUGGUGCAAUUUAUAUUUUAAAUUACACUGUUAUUUCCAUUAUGGUCUUUACUGAAACUAACAUGCAAUUAUAAAUACUGCUGCUAUCAAAGGCAAAAUGCUCCCUUCUCCCCUAUUAAAUUGCAUUUCUAAGAAAUACAGCUCUCUGUGAUGGAAAGCAAUAUUUUAAAAUUACAGGGAGGCUCAUUUAUUCAUAUUCUUAUAUGGAAUGAAUGAUUCCCAUGUUACGUGUAAUCCCGACUCACCUCAGGAUACCGCUUUCAAUUUACCAGUGCCAUUAAUUUGAAUGACAUAUAUGGAGAUGGGGAGGAAGGUUGUUUUUAUAGGCAACUGUGUGGUGCCUUUUAAUUUUAAGAUAAUUGUAGAGAGAGUUUGUAAAAGAAGUAUCAUUUUUCUUAACCACCUCUUUCCAGGAAAAGCUGUGACUUCAGUUCGACGAUUUCAAGGAAGUAGUAGGCUGGAGCUGUGGUCUUGCUUUUGAUUCCUUACACAAAGGUCUUGUCUAAUAAUCUAUUGAUAAUUUUAGCUAAUGAAGCAUACAUCAGGUUUUUAAAAGGCACUUACAAAAGUAUUUUGAUACCUUAAGGGGUGUAGAGUGAGCAUAGUUUCUUUCAGUGCCUUGAAUCCAGAAAGCAUCUCAUAGGCAUUUUUUAUCUUUGAUGUAGUUAUGAUUGAGGUGGAGGGGGGAAAGAAGUCAGAUUUAGUUAAUCUUUUUAACUGUGGUAGCCAUCAGAUGCAUUUGGAGCAACAGUAGCUGAAAGGAAGGUAUAGAAAGAACAAAUGUUCCUUAGCGUUGCAUGUUAUAGGCAGGUAGGCAGUACUGUUCGUGAAUAUGCAUGACAGUGACUUUUAUAAAAAAUACCUAUUUCUGCUUACCCAAAUGAAGAAGAUACUAUUUACACUAUUUUCUACAUGGUAGCAUGAUUUGAAGGUUGCCAACAAGAAGCAGAAUAUGAAGAGAAAACAUAAUGUUAUUUUAAUUGCCUUAGGGAUAAAUGUGAAAUCUAGGCCAACAGAAUUGAAAGACCACCAGAUCAUUGUGUCCUCUAGCAGUGGUUGUUACUCACUGUACCUGAUUUAUAAUAGUGUUACAAAUGGAGAAAGAACUAAAUGAUCUCCUUCAGUGGAACGAAAAAGAAGGGAAAGAGCUACAUGCUUGCCAGUUCCUAUGUCAAAAGAAAAUGCUGCAAGAUGUCAAAAAGCAACUCCAAGACAUGCAUGAAAAAUUUAACAAAUUGAAAGAAGAUUUUGUCUACAACCUAAGAAUUUUAGAAGAGAGAGAUAAAGAGUUAGGACACUAUGAUGUCACAGUCGCUCGUCUGAAAACAUCUGAAAAUGCUAAACAGGCAGAGAUUAGUGAUCUUCGAGUACAACUGGGUAAAAUGGAGCAAAUGCUUGUCAAGGAAAGAAGAAAAAGAUGCAAACUUCAUUAUUACUGUCAACAACAUGUUGAAGAGCAUAAGUUAGAGCUGGAACGGUUUUGCAGCUCUAGGAACAGUCACAUAGAUCAUCAACAUGAGGAGUAUGUGAACCUGAAACAUCACAUGGAGAGAAAAAUCCAAGAACUGGAAGGAGAACUUGCUUGUCAGAAGCAGGAACUGCUAGCUGAAUUUGAUGCAGAAAUGAAAAAGAGAGAAUGCGAGUUUCAAAAGCAGACAAUUGAAAUGGGUAACUUAGUUCUGUCUCAUGAAGUUAAGGUGAAGCUGCUGACCAGAGAACUGGAGGCCCUCAAAGAGACAAGAAUGCAAACACCAGAAUCACUGGAAACAGCAGAAAUCUUUGAUUUGAGACUGGAGAAAGAAAACCAGUUCAACGAUUUUGUUACUGUGAAAGAUGCUUGGCAUGAAGAACUAGCUCAUGCUGCUAAGGAAAAGGAUGCAAUGCCAGCUUCAGUGAAAGAAGCCCAAGUCAAACAAUUUAAAAAGUUGAAGCAGCAGAUUAGAGAACUGCAGAUGAGACAUAAAAAUCUGGAAAUUGAGCUAUGCAGAAGAGAAUGGAGUCACAGUGCUUGUUUAAGAGAGAAAGAUGCUCUUAUUAGAAAGCUUAAACAACUGUCUCUGGCAGCUGAGAGCAAAUGGAUUCUGGAACAGAGUAAAAUGCAAGCAGAACUGGACUGGCAGCAGCUCUGUGAGAAUGCUGAAAGUAAUUGGUAUCAGAAAUCAGAGGAUCUAACACAAAGCCUGUCUUCAGCCAGAGAGCAGGUUAAAGCUGAUCUACAGAAAACAGACUACAGCUUGCAUGAAGCUAGGACUGUUCUUUCUGCUUUGACUGUUGAGGGAGAAGAGACAAUGCAAGCAUCGUUUAAUCACAGUAUUUUACCUGAAGGGGAGAAACAGAUAUUUCAGUGUGAUGAUAAAAGUUCUCUGAGCAAAGAUAUUCCUACCUUGGAAAUAAAAAAGCUGCAGGAGCAGAAUGCCAACCUUCGGGCUGCUAUUGCACAAAUGAGGAAAGAAAUGGAGAGUCUUGAUGAGCAGAUGUUGUCCCCUCUUCCUCUGACAGAAAACAGACAGCUUGCGGAGCAAGGUUCAUCAUGCACAAGCAAAAUUUUAACUGGAACCACUUUGAGCAAUAUCAAAGUCAGCUCAACUAACUUGGAUUGUAUGGUAAACCCAGACACAGAAGAGGGGCCAAAAGCCAAAGUUCUUGAAGAAAAGAUGGUGGAUCUUGGACAAGAGUUACCUGAUGUAGGUCCUGGUGUCGGUCUUCAGUAUGGUGUCAGCUGCACUCUACAAGGAAUGCAAAAUAAACUGAAGGAAGCAGCAAGAAAAAUCUCAAUUCUGAGCCAAGAGAAGCAGCAGCUGAUUGAAAUGGGAAACAGACUCAGGGCAGAACUUGUAAUGGUAUUAAAGGAAGGACUUUGGCAUCCUGUUAGCUCUAAGGGCUGCACAGUUUGUAUUGCCUCUGGUAGUCUUUUUCCAAGAGAGCUUGUCAAAAGAACACAGUGUCAGCUAUCAGCUUUAAAGCAUCUACAGCACAGGCUUACAACACAGGAGCUGCAGUAUACAAAGCAACACCAUCCCUCAAGGAUGUCUUCUUUAAUUGCCUGCCCCAGCUUAAAGGAAGAAGAAGCUCCAAGCAGCUGUGGAGAAGAAACAAAAUUACCAUCUGCUGAGGUUCAGCUAGAUUUCUCUAUUGAAAAUCAUGAGCCAGAGCAACGAAAGGCAGAUACAUCCUCAAAAAUCGUUCAGAGUCAGCCACUCAGGCAGAGUCCUAGUCAAGCCCAGCAAGUCCAGCUUUCUUCAUCUGGAGCACAUAAUUUCUGCCAAGGUAUUUGGCAAACUUUAGAAAUGGGAUCAAGCCCUCCUGUUCUCAGUCCUCAAAAGAACACUGACCAAGUGGAGUUUGAAGUUACACGCUCACCUGAGCAAUCUGAAGAAUCUCGGCAACUUAUCAAAACCAAGGACAAACUUGAAAUGCCAUCUGCAGAUUUGACAGUCAGAGGAACCAGGCUGGAAGUUCAGCAGAAGUUAAAAUCCAGGAAUUUACCUUGUGCUCAUCCCAUAAAACCAAAAAUCUCUUCUAAAAUGGCAAAAAUCCGCAACUAUAAUAUUAAAGACUGAUUUCUUUGUUGGCAGCAAGUUCCAGGUCCACACUUGCUAUUAACUUACUUUGAAAUCUAUAAAUCAGGUCUAAAUAUUUCAUUUUUGUAUGUCGAGUUGGGAUGUUUGCAGUCAGAAGAGAGAACAAAUACCCUGUUUCAUACUGUGAACCCUAAAGUAAAGGUUAAUCUGUGUACAUUAUGAGAUUACUGUCUUCACUGUUAAUACUGAUUUAUUUCAAUUAUAUAUGUUAAAUAUCGCUUGCAUCGUGGAUUUAGAAAUGCCCAGUUAAUACAUACGUAAAGCCUUGUGCCUUUAGGCAGGGCUUGCAGGUCUUUAGCAAAUAUUUUGUUGUGAAACUGUAGAUGUGAUUUAAGCUUAGAAGUGGGAUGCCUCAACCUACUUGUUUUCUUAUGAUUAACAAUGCAACCGUUAAUCCUGUGCAGCUAUCUUUCUACUUGAAAUACAGGGGUUUGAAAAGAUUACGCCUGAAUCUGCUGUAGCUCUUUCCACUCGUUCAGACAGCAUGAGAGAGUAUAAAAUUAAACUUCUGUUGUCACACCAGUAAUUACAUUUUUCUUAACAAGAGAUUGCACAGAGCUCAAAGCAGUGAGAAACAUAUUCAUUAGCAACACUUAGAAUCAUACAGAAGCAUUGUAAGAAAUAAGUCUUACGACAGAUGAAACUAAAAGAAAACUUGAAUGAGCUGUGAUUUAAUGAGGGGUAUCUAUAUAGUUAUGAACACUCCAGGACAUUGAAACAAGUAAUCAGUGUAUUUUUGUAACAUUUCCAGUAAUGCUGAGCUGUCUUGGGAUAUUACAGUGAUAAACUUUACUGUAAGUAAAGGAAACACA